AUGUCUCAAUCCGUCUUGGUCAUUGGUGGCUCUGGAGCCCAAGGAAUGCCAGUUGUGAAAGAACUAUCGCGACAGUCACAGUACUCCGAAAUUAGAGUACUAACGCGUGAUUCGACCUCUGAAAACUCCCAGAAUCUAGCAACCCUUCCUAAAGUUUCGCUUUAUAUUGGCCAGCCCGACAACGAAGAUGACCUCAAGAGGGCAUUUACCGGAAUCGAUCUCGUCCACGUCAACUUGAACAGUUUCGCUCUGGGAAUCAAGAACGAACUCUACUGGGGAAUUCGCAUCUACGAAAUUGCCGUUCAAUCCGGUGUGAAACACUUAAUUUGGUCUUCAUUGGACCGGUACAUGGUAGACACAAAUUUUAACGACGAAUUACGAGCCGGCCACUACUACGGGAAAGCCUACGUUGAACAGUGGCUCUCUGCCAUUCCACAGCGGAAGGAGUCGACACGAUGGUCCAUCAUGACCACGGGGCCUUACAUCCAAAUGCUCUCUGAGCUACUACGACCGCGCAUUAGCGAUGAUGGAACGUAUAUCUUUGAGGCGCCCCUCGGAAAUGGCCUUGUCCCAUUUGUUCAUCUCGAUGAUUUGGGUCACUACGUGCACUGGAUAUUCUCCAACCCGGAUGAGUCUGCUGGUAUGAAUGUCAAAGUUGCUAUUGAGCAUGUCUCGUACGAGUAUCUUGCAGCAACGUUUACAAAGGUUACUGGGAAUGCCGCCGUCUAUCGCGAUGUCACAAUCGAUGAGUGGUUCACUGCUGGACCUCUCAGCGACGUUGCAGACGUUAAGCUUGGGGCAGAUAAGGGUCAAGGCGACCCAACUCUGUUGUCCUACCGGCAGAACUUCACGGCUUGGUGGAAGCUUUAUCAGCGUGCGGGGGAAGACCGGAAUAUACUCAAGCGAGACUAUGACUUUUUAGAUCGGAUCUUCCCGGGAAGAGUAAGGACUGUUGAAGAGUGGAUGCGAAAGGUUGGGUAUACUGGAGCUGCGAGUUCCGUGCUCAAGACUCGUUGA